AGCAGCAAGCUCCACCACCGUCGGCCGGUUUCAAGUCGCCCACCCUGCCUGGACUGAAACCCUGCCUGAUUUGUGGGCAAUGUUGGGGAUGUGAAAAAAAAGAAGGAAAACCAGAGAGAGAGAGAGAGGUGGAGAGAGAGGGAGAGACAACACGAACCGGGUAGCUAUGGAGAUAGUAGCUCCUGCUCGCUUUCUUUGACAGGUGUCGAGGAGUGGGAUAAAAAUCAUAAAAGUGUAAGCCGAGCAGCUUCCAAGAUGUACGGCAAGGGUAAGGGAGCCGUGGUCCCCUCCGACAGCCAAGCCAGAGAAAAGUUGGCGUUGUAUGUGUACGAGUACCUACUACACGUGGGAGCACAGAAGUCAGCACAGACCUUCCUGUCUGAGAUUCGAUGGGAGAAGAACAUCACAUUAGGGGAGCCCCCUGGAUUUCUCCAUUCGUGGUGGUGCGUAUUCUGGGACUUGUAUUGUGCCGCUCCAGACCGACGGGAGACGUGCGAGCACUCCAGUGAGGCCAAGGCCUUCCAUGACUAUAGCGCGGCAGCAGCGCCCAGCCCGGUGAUGGGCAACAUGCCCCCCAACGACGCCAUGCCAGGCGGUCCCAUGCCUCCGGGCUUUUUCCAGGGACCACCUGGCUCUCAGCAGUCCCCCCACGCACAGCCCCCCCCACACAACCCAAGCAACCCCAUGAUGGGACCCCACGGCCAGCCUUUCAUGUCACCCCGGUACCCAGGUGGACCGCGUCCCACUCUCCGAAUGCCAAAUCAGCCUCCAGGUGGAAUCCCAGGAUCGCAGCCUCUUUUGCCAAACAGUUUGGACCCAACACGACCGCAAGGGCAUCCCAACAUGGGCGGCCCUAUGCGGAUGAACCCUCCUCGAGGAAUGGCCAUGGGCCCACAGAAUUACGGAGGCAUGAGACCUCCACCCAACUCCAUGGGCGGCCCCAUGCCAGGAAUGAACAUGGUUCCAGGAGGAAGAGGGCCAUGGCCGGGGCCUAACGCUAACUCAAUAGCUUACUCCUCCUCAUCUCCAGGCAACUACGUGGGUCCCCCAGGUGGCGGAGGGCCACCCGGAACUCCCAUCAUGCCCAGCCCAGGUGAUUCGACCAACUCUAGUGAAAACAUUUACACAAUGAUGAAUCCUAUUGGACCAGGAGGCAACCGACCCAAUUUCCCAAUGGGACCUGGGCCUGACGGUCCGAUGGGCGCUAUGGGAGCCAUGGAGCCGCACCACAUGAACGGAUCGCUUGGGUCGGGAGAUAUGGACGGCUUGCCAAAGAGUUCCCCUAAUAACAUGGGGGGCAUGAACAACCCUCCCGGAACGCCGCGAGACGACGGUGAAAUGGGCGGCAACUUCUUGAACCCAUUCCAAAGCGAAAGUCCCUCCUCCUCAUCCUCCGGAGUGGCCCUGGAGCUCGCCAGGACUCUGGUGAAAAAGACAGGUCCUCCGGGAGCGUGCAAGAUGGCCGCCGGGCCGGGCAGGAAGUCGCAGCAGGGCAGCAGGAAGAGCCUCUUCUCGGACUUUAGACAAUGAGCACGGGGGAGCAAGGACAAACCGAGAAAAAGGAGAGUGACACAUGCUCAAGGACGCUGUCUCUCUGGAAUCUUCAUCCACAAUCGGACUUAUUAUUAUUAUUAUUAUUUUAUUUUUUUAAAUAGUUUUUAAUGUAUUGUUCCUGACCUCUGCUUGUACAUUUUUUACAGAGGUGUUGUGAUGAUCUGUUUUUUUUCCUAUUGUGUGUAUGUAUUAUAUCAUUGCUAUUUUUAUUAUUAUUAUUAAUUAUAUUGCCAUGCUAAUUUUUUGUUCAUUCAGAGGGCACAUUAUUUUGCGAGAGAAGGCCUAAUCACGUGUGCACAAAUGAUGUGACCACACUGCUGGUAAGAUUUUAUCCCUGCAUUAUUGGCCUUUUUAAAAAUUAUUCUACCCAACUUUUUUUUUUUUUUUUAACCCACAUUUUUUCGUUUGUCAUUUUAUUUGUUUUUCUUACCCACAUUUUUUUACCUAAAUGAUUAAAUUUUUUCAUAUUGUUUUUUUGUUAUUUUCAACCCAAUAAUUUUUUGUUUCUUUGUCCAUCUUAAUUUUUUUCUCAGCUGUUGUAUGCAAAAUGUUUUUCCCAACUUCAUUUUCCCACCUAUCUUCUCUUUUUUUUUUUUUAACCCUCCCAACUUCUAGUAGCUUCAUGCAAAGUAAUGCACAGCGCUCUUUAUUUAUCGACUUUUUAAUUUUAUUUUAUUUGCCUUAUGAGGCUGUAAAACCCACAGAUAAAAGCUUAUUUGACUCUGAGAUCCUGCAAAAUUGCCAUGUCAGAACUCUAAAUGAAAUUCUGGCUUUCAUCUCCCAUUGCCUUUCACAGAGAACCCAGCAAAGUGAGAUAAGCGAGGCAUGUUUUCUUCAAAAGCGAUUGUAGCUUUUCAACGUACAUUCUGCAUCUUCUUUCACGUUAUGUAAUUAUGUGAUGACCAAAUGCUGUGCUGUUGUUAAAGUGCCACACAGUUGUGGCAAUAUCGAGCAUUUGCUGGUUUCAGUCCAUCCAUCCAUCCAUUUUCUGCCGCUUAUCUGAGGUCGGGUCGUGGGGGCAUCUGUAUUGCUGUUAGUUUCCCCUAUAAUUGGUCAAGUUUGGACCCCCACCCCCAACUUCGCCUUGGUGGAGCCUGGUUUCAGUGUGAAAUCCAAAACAAUGUCAUCUUGUGUUACGGCUUUGAUGUGCCAAUUUUGCAGGGCUUUCUUUUUUUAAUUAUUCGAUCCAUCAAUUUUCCACCAUUUGUCUAAAAGGCAACGAGGAUGCCGCGUCGCUAUGUGAAAGCACACACACUUGCGACAAUAUCCCACAUUCGCAGGGCUUUGUACAAAGGACGAAUGCGUGUACUCUUCCUGGUGCUGGCAUGAUGCAGUGUGGCUGCGUGAACGCCUCAUACAGUUUCGGCAAACUCCUGGGUUCUGUGCAAAAAGCAAAGGUAGCUAAAUGUCAGAUGUUUCAUGCUGCAGUUUUGCAGGAUCUUAGUGUGAAAGGGUCCUUUUUAUUUAACAAGUGUUACUGUCUAUUAGCUGCACCACUUGUAGCAACGGUGUAAAUAUGCAGAUCUAGUCAGCACUGUGUCCUCAUCUAUGUGAUGUCAUCGGACCGCCAACCAGACCCGCCCUACAAGGCACUGAAGUUUUUGUUGACCCCCCCACUCGUGUUGCCCCUACAAACAUCUUGCUGUGCUCGGGUUGUCUGUAUUUCUGUUAGUUUCCCCUAUAAUUUGUCAAGUUUUUUGCCUGAUAAUUCGUCAAUGAGUACAAACAAGUUUGGAUACGGGUGGUGUCCCCUUUUUGUUUUUUUAAGUUGUUUUGCUUAUAGUCUGUCAACAAUGAGUAAAAAUGAGUUUGACCCAAGUGGGGCACCCCCUCAUUUUCAUUUUUAAUAGUUUAUAAAAAAUGAGGGCAAAUGAGUUUUGACGCCCUCCCUAAUUUUGGGGCCGGGUAGGGAUGUAUCCUCUCGUUUUUAUUUUUUGCUGGUUUUUCAUCAAAUCGUCGUCAAAGAUUUUUAAAAACUAAUUUUGAAUGCCCCCCCACCAACUUCGUCCCAGGCAGGGGCGGUGUACUCUCUUGGUUUUUGUUUGUUGUUCUGCUGAUAAUUCGUCACCAAUGAGUACAAUAGAGUUUGGAUGCUGCCCCUUUCCCCCCUCUUGAAGUUUGCCCAGGAUGGGGCCCGGGGAUGGGUGGCGUCCAUUCUCAUUUUUCUUUCUUGAUUGUUUUGACAUCUCCCAUGACCCUGGGGCCCGAGCAGAGGUGACAUUCCCCUUGUUGUUGUUUUUGGGGCUGACUACUCUGCAACAAUGAGUACAGUAGUAUUUGGACGACCCCCCCCCCCCCCCCCCCAACAGCUUUGUGGGGUGGCGUCCCCUUUCAGAUUUGUAUUAAUGUAAAACUCUCCCAUCUUUUUUUAAUUUGUUUUUGUAAAUACUGUACAAUGCAUUUUUGAUAUCAUUGACAUGUUUUGAUAUUUCAAAUCACAGAAACAUAACUGCGUGCGGGCGUGUGUGUUUGCGCGCUGGAGGUGAGUUACGAGGCAGGAUGUGCACAUUCGCCGACUUGAAAUGAAAACUCUGUAAAUGUUUAUUAUAAAAAUGCAGAAUGGACGUUCUAAAGUUGAAAUGCCACGCACAAUUAUAACUGUGAAUCGGACAGGAGGAGGUCAUAUAUGUUGACACAUAUCCCUUCUUCGGAACUAUGAAGGAUUUUAGUUUUUUUUUUGUUAGUGAGGGUUUUUCAAUUACUCUUGUCCAAAAAUGCAGUCGUUCUAUUUUUAUUGUUUCUGUCCACAGCAAUGAUCAUUUAUGUAUUUUUAUUGUGCUGUUGUAAAAUACUGUAACAUUUAAAGAAAAGGGUGGCAGAGGGGUGUUAAAUUGAGGACUGUUUCUGUUAAUUUCCUCAUUUUGUUUUAUUUUAUUUUAUUUUAGCAGUAUUGAAUAUCUUCCCGUCGUGUCUGCGGGGGGGCUUUGCUUUGUUUCAUGUUAGGGUAGUUUUUCCCAUCCGAAAUGUCGUGUAGUUUAAAGAAAAAGGAGAAAGGGGGGAAAAAAAGAGGUUGUUUCUUAUUUGUAUGUUUCUUUAUAUUGUAAAGUUUCUUUAGAUGAAAACAAAAUGUUAUUGAAGGGGGGGAAGACUGCAUUGUGUAUUUUUUUUUGUUUUUAUUUUCAUCAAGUUGUCAGUUGUUUUUGCUUGUGUCCCCCCGCCCCCCUCUUGUUGUAGAUACAUAUUAAAAACAAAUAAAAUGACUUCACUCCUUUUGCCAUGAA